UGCUUUAGGUUGUGGUGUUUGUGAGCGGGAGCAUUCAAUCCGAAGUGUCAGUUGGCAAGCUCGUGCGGGCCCGCGCUGUGUUGUUCAUUCAAGUCAUUACGCGCCGAUUCGCCGGUCGCUGCAACCACCCACUCACAGGACUCCGUCGAGAUCACAGCCACCAUGCGUCGUGACGGACGUCGGGUGCGGGCGACCAUGAGUUUGUCGCCAGCACCACAGGGGAGAGCCGCAACCCCCAUGAGAGAUCCUGUUACUGGACGAAUGAUGCCUGAGCUGGGAGCACUUUCCAGAACGCCCGUUCCCGCCAAGUACAGUACCUCGUACGGUUCGCCCAUGACCCAGCUACCGGAUCGUUCCACUGUACAUGCUGGCGGUAACCUCGCCAAAGCCGCAGCCGAAAUCUUCACCGCUGUCAAGCGCGACAACGUGGCUGCCGAAAUCCGCCGCCGCGCUAAGGACCAAGCAAGGGCGGCAAGAGCCGGGAGGACUCCAUCACCACCUGUCUCAAUAGAGCAGACCAUUGAAGUAGAUGACCCGGAAUCCGAAGAGCGCAGUGAAGGUGGAGAAGAAGCGAGCGAGUAUGAGGAUCAGAGCGAAGAUCAGGAUGAAGACCAUCUCAAACCGCAGACCAGAAAGCGCACCCCCAGGACGCUAUCCCAAAGAACCACUCGAAAGAGACUCCGCGACGAUGAAGAGGCGGAAGCACGUACCGAGCAGGAGCGGGAGGAAAGGGAUUAUCGGCUGAGACGGGAGCGGUCAGCGGAGGCCCACAAUCUCCGGAAACAGAAACUGGCCGAAUCGCAGGCCACCUGGGAACAACCCGAGCAGAAAAGGCUUGCCCAACAAACAGCACGAGAAGAAGCGGCAAGAGCAGCUAUGCCACCUCCACCGCAGCCGCCCGCACCGCAGUCUCCUCCGCAGAUCACCAUGACCCUGGCCAGCGCCACUACUCCCACUGGUCCUAGCGUCAACCGACCCGGUUCUGCUCGCAGUUUCGUCGAGGAGUGUAACAUCUUCCAGGAUGCGGCGGUCAAAACCCCCAGGCAGCCGUCGCCAAAGAUUGCACGCCGACCUAAACCGCCUCCACCGGCGGCACCUCCCCAGCCCGCGCAACCGCCAGCGCCACAGCCAGCACCGGCAGCAGCGCCGCCGCCCGAGCCUGCCUCACCGCCGAGUGUAUUGAAGCGGCCGCCAAGACGUCCCGGUGGCACGACACCGGCUUCUCGUGAAGGGCUAUCGUCAGGCCCCGACCAGCGCGGGGCGACCUCUCAGCAGAGGCCGCUCGAGAGGGAGCCAUCCGCCUCCGAAGACGGGGACGAGGCGCAAGCAACGAGCCCAUCCGAUCGGCAGGCUGCCUCGAACAAUGCGAAUCGUCAUAAGCCUCUCCACAGCCCAAUGCAUGUUCCGGAGGGAAGGGCUGAGAGUCCGGAGAAAGGGCCCGAAAGUGUUCCCAGUUCGGGUGGUUAUGAAUGUCGGACGCCUUGGCCCAAACUCAAGCACGCCUUUACCCCCUGGUCAAUCCUCAAAUUACUUACAGGCGCCUUUGCCAUGUUGCACUUGCUCCGCCUUGGCCACGUCUUAGUCCGUCCAGGCCUGUUCGACACACCCAGUCUGACUCUCCACUGGUACGGUUGGAAUGACUGGGCAAGCAAUGUCGGACAGUUCUUCCCUUCACCCUUGCUGCACCCGCUUGGGGUUUUGACAGACAACCAAUACGACGAUCUCAGAGACUACCUCGAGAGCAGGACGACAGCAACUGAAACCGCAGUCAAAAAUCUCAAAUCGAUUCUGCCCAAAGUGGUCUCGGUGCGCAAAGCCAAGGACGGCAGGAUACUCAUUGCGGACGAGUUCUGGAAAGCUCUCAGGGAUCGCAUCGAGCACGACAGCAGCUUGCUCUCAUUGGAUGGGAAGUCUCGCAUCUCCGACAAGCACUGGAAAGCGAUCGAGCAGCGGUUGAAGGACGCGGGUCUGCUUACCAAACCGCUCUCAGCCAGCGAUGUAGAGCGGAUCGUGGACAAGACCGCGCCAGCAUCCUGGGAGAAAUGGCUGGAGAAGAAUAAGCGGAAGGUCAUCGAGAUUCUCGGACAGGCCAAAGGUCCGUCGAAGGAAAGUGAUGAGACAGUUGUGUCCAAGGGCGAGUUCCUCCGGGAGGUGAACAAUCGUUUGGCGAAAUCCAGGGAGGAAGUAGACAGCGAGAUGCACAGCCUGCGGAAAGAGCUCCACACGCUCAUCAGCGAUGUCAAGAGGAUUGCCAUGGCAGGGGGCAUGACCAAAGCUGACACCGCCAAACUCAUCAACCAAGUCGUUGACCAAGAAAUCACCCGCCGCCUCGCGCGGGUGGGGAACAAGCCCGGUGGCAUCGGCGUCGAUGCCAUGUUUCGCAGCCGCGUCAACUUCUUCGCCCCAGGCAACAACGCCUAUACCGACACGAGCCUCUGCUCCCCAACCUACAAGGUCAUCACGCCCCUCGUCGGCUCCAAAGAAUGGGUCAAGAACAUGCCCCUCCGGCCCCAACACCUCUUCGAGGCAGGCCAGGCCCUCACCCCCUGGUCCGAGCCCGGUCACUGCUGGUGCGCGGCCAUCCUGGGCGACCACAACCGCACCCGCCCGGCCGUGCUCGCCGUCCGCCUCCCGCAGUUCGUCAUCCCACAGCACGUCAUCCUCGAGCAUAUCGACCCGGCCUCGACCACGGACCCGCUCGCCAUGCCGCGCGACGUCGAGGUCUGGGCCAUGUUCGAUGAGCAUUCCCGGAAGGAGCGCGUGCUCGACUGGAUGGCGGCGCAGUAUCCCGGUGAUAUGAGCAACAAGGAGCUUAUCGACAAGGGCUGGGCCAAGAUUGGGGCGUUCAAGUACGAGCAUAAGCCGCAGGACGAUGGCGUGUAUGUGCAUCAACUGUCGAGGGAUUUGGUGGAUCGGCUGAAGGCGGCGACGGAUUUGGUGAUGAUCAGGGCUGUGUCGAAUUAUGGGGCCAAGGACCAUACGUGUUUCUAUAGGGUGCGGUUGUAUGGGGAUGUGGCGGAGGAGUUGGAGGCGGAGCGCGAGAGUAGAAACUGGUGAAGUUUUUUAUGGUGAUGGGUGUUUGGGGGCUUUGAGGCAUGGCGUUUCGGGAGAUGUGCUAGCGAUACCACACCGUUCUGCGUGUGAUUUAUAUAUACAAUUUGUCUUCCCGGAUCGUCUUUCUGGUCCUCGGCGCUUUUACUGUUUGGGCUUGUGUAGCAGUGAAAGUGAAUGUUGGUUGAGAGUGCACAGAAACCCUUGUGCUGGUUCCUCGUCAUACCCGAUGCAAUCUUCACUGGCCAGUU